AUGUCUGUAUUCCUCAGUAACUUAUCAACAAAUGACUCUAGCCUGUGGAAAGAAAAUCAUAAUUCGACAGAUCUUUUAAAUCCGCCAGGAACCGUGAAUAUCUAUCUUUUUUGCCUGACAUGCUUAAUGACGCUCGCAGCCCUGGCAGGCAGCAUUUAUUCACUAGUUUCCCUAAUGAAAACGCGGAACAGAACUGUUGUGUCCAUGCUUGUGGCUUCCUGGUCUGGGGAUGAUCUCAUGAGCGUCUUGUCGGUGACCAUCUUCAUGUUUUUGCAGUGGCCAAAUGAGGUCUCUGACUACUUCCAGUCUCUGUGCACCACCUCUGCCUUACUAUAUUUAUGCCAGGGCCUCUCGAGCAACUUGAAGGCGACUCUCUUAGUCUCCUACAACUUUUACACGAUGCACAGGGCUGUGGGGAACCAGGCAGCCUCCAGAAGAUCCGGCCAGGUGCUCGGCGUGGCGCUGACGGUGUGGGCAGCCAGUCUGCUGCUCUCUGCGCUUCCUCUGUGCGGCUGGGGCGCCUUUGUACGCACGCCUUGGGGCUGCCUGGCCGACUGCUCCAGCUCCUACGUGCUGCUACUUUUCGCUGUGUACACUUCGGCCUUCGGACUCCUCGCUGGCCUCUCGGUCCCCCUCACUCACCAGUUGCUGUGUUCGGAGGAGCCGCCAAGACUCCACGGCAACUACCAGGAAAUUUCCCGCGGAGCUUCCACUCCAGGGACCCCUUCAACGCGGGGGAGAGUGCUUUCCCUGUCCCCAGAUGAUGCUCCGGGCCCGGCUCUGCGGUGCUCUGGAGGAUGCUCCCCAAGCUCGGACACUGUGUUUGGACCGGGUCUGCCCGCGAGGGCAGGGCUGGGGCAGGGGCCGGCGCGCGGUGCUACCGCUGUGGCUGGAGCCUGCAGGCGUGAGGACCGGGGGACUCUCUAUGGCACCAGGAGCUUCACCGUGAGCGUAGCGCAGAAGCGCUUUUCUUUGAUCUUAGCGAUGACAAAAGUCACCCUUUGGCUGCCCAUGAUGAUCUACAUGGUGGUCCAGCACGUCGUGGGGUUUCAGAGCCUUCCCUUUGAGACGCUCAGCUUUCUGCUAACCCUCCUGGCCACCACUGUAACUCCAGUGUUUGUCUUAUCCAAACACUGGACACACUUGCCCUGUGGCUGCAUCAUCAACUGCAAGCAGGACACAUAUGCAGUGACGUCUGAUGGGAAAAAACCCAAGAGGAGAUGCUUUGAAUUCAAUCUAUCAUUUCAACGAAGUUAUGGAAUUUAUAAAAUAGCACAUGAAGAUUACUAUGAUGAUGAUGAAAAUUCAAUAUCCUAUCACAAUCUCAUGAACUAUGAGUGCAAAACUACAAAAGACUCUCAGAGAGACUCUCAUAAUGUAUUCAAUGCCAUAAAGGUGGAAAUCAGCACCACACGCUCUCUGGACAGCUCCACACUAAAAGGCAUCAACAAAUGUACAAACACUGAUAUUAUAGAUGCUAAACAGGAUUCCCACAAUGAAAAGACUGUUGAUCCACUGCUCCCUGAAAAAACAGAAGGUGAUAUUAAAUAUGAUGAAACCACCCUUUUGGAAGGGCCAGAAAGAAGACUUUCUCAUGAGGAGAGUCAGAAACCAGACCUUUCAGACUGGGAAUGGUGUAGGAGUAAAUCAGAAAGAACCCCUCGUCAGCGUUCUGGUGGUGCUCUGGCCAUUCCCCUGUGUGCAUUCCAGGGGACCGUGUCUCUCCAAGCCCCAACCGGGAAAACCCUAUCUCUUUCUACCUAUGAGGUGAGCACAGAAGGACAAAAAAUUACCCCAGCCUCUAAGAAAAUAGAAGUCUAUCGAUCCAAAAGUGUUGGCCAUGAACCAAACUCAGAAGAUUCUCCCUCCACAUUUGCGGACACCAGCGUGAAAAUACACUUGGAGGUUCUUGAAAUUUGUGAUAAUGAAGAGGCCUUGGACACGGUGUCAAUUAUUAGCAACAUUAGCCAGUCCUCCACACAGGUCAGAUCUCCUUCCCUACGUUACUCACGGAAAGAAAACAGAUUUGUUUCAUGUGAUUUAGGGGAAACAGCCUCAUAUUCUCUCUUUUUACCCACAAGUAAUCCUGAUGGUGAUAUCAACAUCUCCAUUCCAGACACUGUUGAAGCACACAGGCAGAACAGUAAAAGGCAGAGCCAAGAGAGGGAUGGCUACCAGGAGGAAAUCCAGUUGUUAAAUAAAGCUUAUAGGAGAAGAGAAGAAGAAAGCAAGGAUAACUAG